AUGAGCAGGUUUUUUGAUGGUUGGAAUUAUUUUAAGGGUUCUCUUAGUGAGGGUAGAAUCUUGCUGGUUUGGAAAAGUAGUACUCUGUUAGUGGAUAUUCUUCAAGAGAGUGAUCAAUUUGUUCAUACACUUAUUAAGGAACAACAUUCAAAGAGGGAGUAUUGUGUGACAUUUGUUUAUGGGAGAAACACAGUUAAUGAAAGAACUCAGAUGUGGCAUGAUUUAUCUUGCCUUAAUUUCCCUGUUGCUCCCUGGUUGUUGGCUGGAGACUUCAACUCUGUUUUUGAGUUUGAUGACAGAAGAGGGGGUCGGCCAGUUACUUCCACUGAGCUGAUUGAUGCUCAGAGAUGGCAAGGGCAUGGGUUAGCUGAUGAACUUGGUUCAAAGGGUUAUCAUUUUACGUGGACUAAUAACCAAGCAGAUGGUGCUAGAAUUUAUUCCAAGUUAGAUCGUAUUUUUAAAAAUGAAGAGUGGAUUGACCUCUUUCCGGCUUCAGUUGCUGUCAAACAUUGGGAUAUUCUUUCAGAUCAUUGCUACUGCCUUAUUAAGGUUUUUCAGGAGGUAAUAUCUGGUUUUAAACCUUUUAGGUUUUAUAACAUGUGGGUGGAACAUGAUAGAUUCACAGCUACUGUUAUGCAAAGUUGGAAAAAGCCAGUAGCUGUUGGAGGUUUUGAUGGUAUUUAUGUGAAACUUAAGAGGCUUAGCCAUGUCUUAAGGAAGUUUAAUAAAUCUGAAUUUGGUGAUGUUGAGCGUAACUUUCAGAUGGCUAAAGAGACGUAUAACCAGACUCAAGCUCAUCUCCAACAUGAUCCUCAUUCUUCAGAUUUUCAGGCUGAGGAAAAGCAGGCGUUUGAGAUUCUGGUUCAGUAUUCCAAGAUUUAUGACAGUUUCUUGAGGCAAAAAAGUAAAGUUAAUUGGCUCAAAUUUGGGGAUGAUAAUACAGCCCAAAGUAAGGCUUCGGGGUCUAUUCACAUGGAUUGCUUUGUUCAUGGUAAUAUCCUCUUUUUAGAGCAUCAACUGGCUUUAGUAAAACCAUUUACUAAGAAGGAUGUUAGAAAUGCUAUGUUUAGCAUUGGGACUAUCAAGAGUCCGGGGCUGGACGGAUAUGGUUCGGGUUUCUUCAAAGCACUGUGGAAUGAGAUUGGUGAUGAUAUUUCAGCGGCUGUUUUGGGUUUCUUUCAGCAAGGUAUUAUUCCUAAAAAUCUAAAUAAUGCUUUGUUGUCUUUGAUUCCUAAAGUUGCAAAUCCAACUAAGGCAGUGGAUUAUAGGCCCAUUGCUUGCUGCAAUACAUUAUAUAAAUGUAUUUCUAAGAUGAUGUGUGAGAGACUGAAAGUGGUCCUUCCUCUGUUAAUUCAUCAAAAUCAAGGGGCAUUUAUUAAGGAUAGACUUUUAGCGCAUAACAUUCUUAUUUUUCAGGAUAUCCUUAAGGGUUAUAAGAGAAAACAUAUCUCCCCUAGAUGUGUGAUGAAAAUCGAUCUUAGCAAGGCUUAUGAUUCCAUUGAUUGGCACUGUUUAGAGGAGAUUCUUGCUGGUUUUUGUUUCCCGAAGCAGUUUAUUAAUUGGAUUAUGGUGUGUUUAAAAGAUGCUUCUUAUUCUAUUUUGAUGAAUGGUAGAGUGCAGGGCUGUUUUACUGGUAGGAGGGGGCUGAAACAAGGGGAUCCGAUUUCCCCUGUCUUAUUUGUUCUGGUUAUGGAGUUUUUCACUAGGAUGCUCAUUCAUGCCACUCAAAAUAAGGACUUUAAAUUUCAUCCUCGAUGUAGAAGGUUGAAUUUAGUGAGUCUUUGUUUUGCGAAUGACUUAGUGAUUUUUUGCAAGGGAAAUAGUACUUCAGUUCAGAUUAUACAGCAGUGUUUUAAAGAUUUCAAUGCUGUUUCUGUUUUGACAGGUAACUUGGACAAAUCUAGAGUGUAUUUUGGGGGUUUAACAGAGUUAGAGACCAAGGAUAUUCUAAAGGAUUUGCAUUUUGCUGAAGGUGAUUUCCCCUUAAAGUAUCUUGGUGAUCCGCUGAGACCUACAAAAUGGAGGGUUGGGGACUGCGCUACUAUAAUUCAGAAGAUUCAAUUGAAGCUUCAUCAUUGGUCUAAUCGUCAUCUCUCAUUUGCUGGAAAAGCUCAACUUAUUCACUCUGUUUUAUUGGGAAUUAGAGCUUUUUGGAUGAGUAUUUUUCUCCUCCCUAAGAGUGUAAUUAAUGAGAUUGAUCACUUAUGCAGGAGAUUUCUGUGGGGGACCAGCAGAUGGAAUGAUAACAGAAGUAAACUUCACCUCACGGCUUGGGAUCAAGUGUGCCUUCCUAAGUGUUUGGGAGGUAUUGGCUUUAGGGAAGGGGCCAAAUGGAAUAUGGUUCUUCUUUCUAUGUAUAUUUGGGCUGUUUCUACUAAACAGGAUAUACUUUGGGUUAAAUGGAUUGUUGCCGUUUAUCUUAAAGGGCAAUCUAUUUGGGAGUACAAUCUUCAAUCUGAUGUGAGCUGGUAUUGGCGUAAACUAAUCAAGCUGAGGUCAGUCAUAAGCAUGGAGAUGUUAGAUAAAGCUGUGGUGAAUAGCAAAUUAAAAACCAGCAAGCUGUAUUUUCAGUUGGUUAAUAAGGAAAGAGUUCCUUCUGCUCCCGUUGUUUGGUGUAAUUUGUCUUUGCCCAAACAUAGAAACCAGUGCUUGUUUAAUUCCUUUUCUGUUUCUGUUAACAAGGCUGUAUCUCAGGUGCAAGAGUGUUUAAGGGCUAGAGUUUCUAUUGUGUCUCAGGCUAAGCUGAAGAGUAAAGAAAUAGUCUUUCUUAAAAACCUGAAUCUCUUGUAA